AUGACACCGUAUGACGUCACAUCGUACAGCACCACUAAAAAAAUAUAUAAAAGAAACAACCUCAACAAGAAAACUGACGGAAAAACUAGUAGCAUUUUAAACAUCAUCAACAUCAAAAACAACUACAACAACAACUACAACAACAACAAUAAUCGCGGCUACAUUAGCGAUUCCCUGUGGCACACAGUCACCAUUUCCAGAACCAGCAAUCACACCAUGACGCUCGUCGUCGACGACUACCUCAUACAUGACGUCAUUAGUACUGGCAGGUCAGUGAACUUUGACCUGAACGAUGACGUUUACAUCGGCGGCGGUCCUCCCGACAUCAUGGCGUCACUCCCGCGUAUAAUUAGGUCAACUUCCGGUUUCCACGGCUGCAUGGAUGACGUCACGUUAGUGAAGAGGAAGAACUAUUCAGUAUCUUUGACUAGUGGUGGUGACCAUUUGCUUCGUAAACAUGAUGUCUAUGCCGGCUGCUCAGCUAUUAUCAUUAUAACUAUAAAAAAUGAUGAGGAUAAAGACGAUGCUACUGGCUACAAGACAGCAUUGAUGACAGACAGACAGACAGACGGACAGACAGACAGACUGACCGACCGACUGACUGCGAAUGAAUUCGCGCCAUCGGCACAGACGCAGACGACUUUGACGCGUUUAACAAGCCACUUGAUAAAUACUUAUCACGUGACCGAAGCACGUGACGUGACGUCAUCAAUCAUUAGCGUCAUGCAUCAACACAACAACAACAACACAGCAACAAUUUGUUUGAAAUCAACAAAUAUUUUGCAACAGAAUUUUCUGGCCUCAAAUUUUAGCAGGGGUAUCGAAAAAUCCAGAACGCACAUUCUAGCAAUUGAUCAGACUGGCACUCAAGCAUCUACUUGCGAGAUACGAACCGCGGCAACCGAUUGUUUACUUUUGUAUUCCACUUCCGGCCAGUUUGAAAAAGAUUUCCUGGCCGUUGAAUUAUUGUCGGGUCAUGUGACCCUAUGCUACGAUACUGGAGACGGAGCCAGGAUGCUACGCGUAACUCACCUACUUCAUCCUCAUCACCAGUGGGGCCGAUCCAAGCGGUGGGGGCAAAAGGAUCUACCUCACCGGGGAAGGGGCAAAGUUUAA